CACGAUGAACGCUUCACCACCACUUUAGCUGACGGCAUGACCUAAGAUUUUUGAAAGCCAAAACCGCUCCAAGCCAAGCUAAAGCCGCGGCUUUCAGGCCAAGUAGGGCCGGCAGAUCCUAUUUCUGAGGUCGAGCGGGUAAUUUCGCGCCAGCUGACGCUCUCUUCGCAUCAGCUCAAUAUAUGAAGUUCCGCCUCAGUUUCUUUACUUGGUCUUCGGAUCUAUUCCUACCAUGGCCCCUUCUUUUGCCUACCGUAGUCCAUGGUCGACCGUCACCACUCUCACUUCGUUCAUUCGAUCGAAAGGUAAUGGCUACUAGCUGCACAGACCACGUUGCUGUAGUACGAUCAGACGAACUGCUGUUUCCGGUCACCGCCCCUCCGAAGUCAAAGGGGAUUCAAGAGAGUCGAGCAGCGCAGCUGUGAGGCCGGGACCCUUCGCUGGAAAUUUAGCGCUAGAAUGUAGAUAGU